UUCUUCACUUACUCAUAGUAGAGAAAUGGCGGCACGGUAAAGCGAAACCCAUAACCCUAGACAGAAGCUUUAACUUGGAAGAUGGCAUUAUCGGUCUCUCUCAAGCCUUUCAUUUCUUCACUCAAUUGUUUCGAUCCUAUUCGCCACAACGAUUCUUUGCUAGUAAAUAUCCCAAGAAGUUUUCAGGUUAAGAAGGAAUUAACGUUAGAGGGAAGGCUGCAGUUGUCUGCCGCACAAUUCAGAUUGAACUGCUCAGGGAACAGGGGCAUGGACGUUAGUGCUUCAGUUAUGUCUGAUUCCAUAACAGACCAUUUUACUGAACUGGAUGUUGAGGCUCAGGAGCCUAGCGUUUCAACACUUUUGGUGAAUAUCGAUAGCGAGUUUGACCCUUAUGGUGCAAUGAGCACGCCACUUUACCAAACAGCUACGUUUAAGCAGCCUUCAGCUACUGAAAAUGGGCCCUAUGAUUAUACUAGAAGUGGAAAUCCUACUCGAGAUACAUUGGAAAGGCUCUUGGCAAAGCUUGAGAAGGCAGAUCGAGCAUUUUGCUUUACCAGUGGAAUGGCUGCUUUGUCAGCUGUUGCUCAACUUGUUGGAAGUGGCCAAGAAAUUGUUGCUGGUGAUGACAUCUAUGGUGGUUCUGAUCGUUUGUUAUCUCGUGUUACUCCAAAAUCUGGCGUUCUGGUGAAACGAGUAAACACCAGUGAUCUAGAUGAAGUUGUUGCAGUUAUUGGCCCCAACACGAAGCUUGUCUGGUUGGAGAGUCCUACCAACCCUCGACUACAAAUUGCUGAUAUUCAUAGAAUAUCAGAAAUCGCUCAUGCUAAUGGGGCCCUUGUGUUGGUAGAUAACAGUAUUAUGUCCCCAGUAUUGUCACGACCAUUGGAACUUGGAGCAGACAUUGUGAUGCACUCUGCUACUAAAUUUAUUGCUGGACAUAGUGAUGUAAUGGCUGGUGUGCUUGCUGUUAAAGGAGAGAGCUUGGCAAAGGAGUUAUAUUUCCUACAAAAUGCAGUUGGCUCUGGGUUAGCUCCUUUUGAUUGUUGGAUCUGCUUAAGAGGCAUCAAGACAAUGGCUUUGCGUGUUGAAAAACAACAGAAAAUAGCCGAGUUCCUUUCUUCCCAUCCACGUGUGAAGAAAGUUAACUAUGCUGGUCUUCUUGGUCACCCUGGACGUGAUUUACAUUAUUCUCAGGCAAAGGGUGCAGGGUCCGUGCUUAGUUUCUCGACAGGUUCUCUUGCCCUCUCGAAGCAUGUUGUUGAGGCGACUAAAUACUUCAGCAUAACUGUUAGUUUUGGGAGUGUGAAAUCCCUCAUAAGCUUGCCGUGCUUCAUGUCCCAUGCAAGCAUACCUAGUGCGGUGCGUGAUGCAAGAGGUUUAACGGAAGAUCUUGUUCGAAUAUCCAUCGGUAUCGAGGAUGUAAACGACCUCAUUGCCGAUUUGGACAAUGCCCUUAGAACGGGUCCUCUGUAGUUGCUGCCUGAUGAAGAAGAAGUGGAGAUUAAGCCAUCAAUGUUAUAUGGUGAAAUGUUUAAUGGAGUGGAGUUUGCCAAUAAAUAGUGGUGUUAUUUUUUUUGGUUUCUUUUAGUAGUUCAAAAUUCUUCAUUUUCUUU